UGGCUGCAAUAAAAGGAGACAGUGAGAGGAGAAGGGCUCAUAUUUUGGCCUCCAGAGCACAGACGGUGUAACUUUCUUGCCAGGGUUUCACACAGCCUCCACACACACUCCAACCAUGUCCACUUACAGCUACAGGCAAUCCACUUCUGUUGGAGGUGGGCUUGGUGGCCAAUCCUCCUUCCGAGCUCCAAGUAUCCAUGGUGGAUCUGGGGGCCGAGGCGUUUCUGUCUCAUCCGCUAGAUUUGUCAGCUCUGGGGCUGGAGGUGGCCUGGGCAGUGGAUAUGGAGGAGGACUGAGUGGAGGUAGCUUUGGUGGUGGCUUUGGCAGUGGCUUUGGUGGUGGCUUUGGCAGUGGCUUUGGAGGAGGCUAUGGAGGAGGCUUUGGUGGUGGGUAUGGUAGCAGUGCAAAUGCCAACGAUGGCCUCCUUUCUGGCAAUGAAAAGAUAACUAUGCAGAAUCUGAAUGACCGUUUGGCAAGCUACCUGGACAAGGUGCGUGCCCUGGAGGAGGCCAACACAAAUCUAGAAGUGAAAAUCCGAGACUGGUACCAGAAGCAGGGCCCUGCUAGCCCAGCCCGUGACUACAGCCAAUAUUACAAGACCAUUGAGGACCUCAAAGACAAGAUUUGUAAUGCAACCCUUGACAAUAACAAAAUUGUCCUGCAGAUUGACAAUGCCAGGCUGGCUGCUGAUGACUUCAAAACAAAGUUUGAGUCUGAGCAGGCCAUGCGCAUGAGUGUUGAGGCUGACAUCAAUGGACUCCGCCGUGUCCUGGAUGAGCUGACCUUGGCUAGAACUGAUCUGGAGUUGCAGAUUGAAAGCCUGAAGGAGGAGCUGGCCUACCUUAAGAAGAAUCAUGAGGAGGAAAUGAGUGCUCUGUCUGGGCAGCUGACUGGCCAUGUGAGUGUUGAAGUUGAUUCUGCUCCAGGCAUCGAUCUCACCAAGAUCUUGGCUGAUAUGAGAGACCAGUAUGAACUGCUGGCUGACAAGAACAGGAGGGAUGCUGAAUCUUGGUUUACCACUAAGACUGAAGAACUGAACCGAGAAGUUGCUGUCAACACUGAACAACUUCAGUCCAGCAAGACUGAAAUCACAGACUUGAGGCGUACCCUCCAAGGCUUGGAGAUUGAGCUGCAAUCUCAACUCAGCAUGAAAGCUGCUCUGGAAGGCUCCUUGGCAGACACAGAGAACCGCUAUAGUGCUCAGUUGUGCCAGAUCCAGGGUGUGAUCAGCGACAUUGAAGCACAGCUGGUGGAGGUCCGCUCAGACAUGGAACGUCAGAACAGCGAUUAUAAGAUGUUGAUGGACAUCAAGAGCCGACUGGAGCAAGAGAUUCAAACCUACCGCCAGCUUCUGGAAGGACAAGACCUCCACUUCUCAGGGGCUGACUCUGGAACUAAUGACAAAGUGGGAGAUGGCAAGAAGCACUAAAGAGCAUGCCUUCUUCAAGCAGAAAUGCCUGUAACAGACCCAGGAUUUGAAAUGGACCAUUGCUGUAGCCCACAGAUGAAAAUAAAGCAUAACUUGCAAUCACUUCCUUAAACUCGGUGGCUGAAUAGCAUAUGAUGACUUACCUCUUUUACUUAGCUGUUCCUGCUUUUCCCUUUCAAUGUGGUGUUUCUGCUGCCUAAUAAAACUCUCUUUGGUUCCUGUGCAUCUAAA